AUGUCCAUCAGAAACUUGACCAACCAGGCGUCAGAGCAGGCUUCCGCAUCGCUAGACGGCAGUCGUUACCACGCAGACGAGCGCGAUCGCAGCCACGAUCAAUCGCAGGAUCAGUCGCGCGAGCACCUCACCAACCCAUUCGCUGACGACGCCGAGGACGACUCGUAUCCGUCGCACAGCGCCAGCGACACGUCCCUGAUCCACCACGGGCUCGAGUCCGGCGCGGACGCGGGCGCGUCGCGCGGCGGCGCGGCCGCAGCGGGGUUUUCCGACUACAAGGGCUACUACUCCAAGGCCGGCGCGAGCGCCGGCCGCGCCACGGCCGCCAAGGGCAAGAUGCCCGCGGCGCUGCCCUCCAGCACGUCGCUCAGCUCGCACCUGGGCAUCUCCAACAACGACAUUCUGUCGCCGCCGGCGUUCGACCGCUACCCGCUUGUGGGCUCACGUGUUGCGUCGAUGGCGGCCAUCAACAACAAGAACCAUGCCAGUCUGGGCGCCAACCCCAACAACAGCUCUUCCAACAACGACGGGUCGUCGUCGUCUAUCACGUCGUCCAACCCGUUUUUGAGCGACCAGGAUUUCUCGCCGUUCGGAGGCUACCCUACUUCGUCGUUCCCACUGCAUAUGGAGGAGAAGGAGGACGACGACUACCUGCACAACCCGGACCCGGAGGAGGAGGCGCGUCUCGAUAAGGAACGCUUCGUGCUCGACUUCAAGCACAUGGACAAGCGUUCCGCCGGUGGGCUGUUCGGAAUUCUGUUUCUCUUUUUGGGCGCCAUCGCGCUGUUUGUGAUCCUCCCCAUCGUCACUUUCACAGGCGCCGGCCACCACUACACUCCACAGGUAGUGGCACUUUUAACGCUCUACGAAUACCCGCAACUAUCAGCCAUCCGGACCGAUUUGGUCGACCCCGACACCCCAAGCUCCGCGUUGUCCAAGAAGGCCAAAGACGGUUCCUAUUGGAAACUGGUGUUCUCCGACGAAUUCAACGCCGUGGGUAGAAGUUUUUACGACGGUGACGACCAAUUUUGGACUGCGGCUGAUCUAAACUACGCUGCUACCAAGGAUCUAGAAUGGUAUACCCCAGAUGCUGCUACCACUGCAGACGGUACUUUGCAAUUGCGGAUGGACGCUUUCAAGAAUAAUGGCUUGAGCUACAGGUCUGGAAUGUUGCAGAGUUGGAACAAGUUAUGCUUUACACAAGGUAACAUCGAGAUCUCUGCACAGCUGCCUAACUACGGCCGCGUUACCGGUCUAUGGCCCGGUUUGUGGACUAUGGGUAACCUUGGCCGUCCCGGUUACAUGGCUAGUACCGAAGGUGUCUGGCCUUACUCAUACGAAGCUUGUGAUGCGGGUAUCACCCCUAAUCAAAGUUCCCCCGACGGUAUCUCGUAUCUACCGGGUCAGAAACUGAGCUCUUGUACUUGUGAUGGGGAAGACCAUCCCAACCAAGGUGUUGGAAGAGGUGCACCUGAAAUUGAUAUCAUCGAAGCCGAAGCUGAUACCACUUUGCAAGUGGGGUUGGCGUCUCAAUCUCUACAAAUCGCACCCUUCGAUAUAUGGUAUAUCCCCGAUUACGAUUUUGUGGAAAUUUACAAUUUCUCCACCACUGCCAUGAAUGGCUACUGUGGUGGUCCAUUCCAACAAGCGGUGUCUGCAGUGUCCACUUUGAACAUUACUUGGUACGAAUUUGGUCCAACAGCAGGCUACUACCAGAAAUACGGGUUUGAAUAUUUGAAUGACAGAGAAGAUGGAUACGUUCAAUGGUUUGUGGGUGAUGAUCCUACUUUCACCAUUUAUGCAAAGGCCUUACAUCCAAAUGGUAACAUUGACUGGAGAUUGAUAAGUCAGGAACCAAUGUCGAUCAUCAUGAACUUGGGUAUCUCUAACAGUUGGGCUUAUAUCGAUUGGGCUUCUAUUUAUUUCCCAGUAACGAUGAGCAUCGAUUACGUGAGAAUUUACCAACCAAACGAUUCCGUAAGUAUCACUUGUGAUCCGACCGACUACCCAACAUAUGACUAUAUCCAAAGCCACUUGAACGCAUACAGCAACGUCAACCUUACGAGCUGGGAGGGUGCAGGUUAUACGUUUCCUUCUAAUAACUUGACAAAGAGUUGCAAGGUUUCUAAAUCUUCUUGA